AUCAAAUCAACCCUGCUGAGUGAGGCUAACUCAGUUCCUUUGCUAAACAAGACCGUAUAUUGAAAUUUUCAUCCUUCUGAAGUUGAAGAUAAUGAGGACUUUUCAUUGUUUUUCACUGAUCGUCUGGACUUACCUGUUCCAUGCGGUUGACAACAGCCCACUACAAGCGAAAGAUAGCAAUCAUUUACUGAGAAGGAGAGUGAAUCUGACAAAAGAGGAUGGUAAAAUGCUUCAUCGCACCAAGCGUGGCUGGAUGUGGAACCAGUUCUUCCUGUUGGAAGAGUACACAGGCACAGACACUCAGUAUGUAGGAAAGCUCCACACUGACCAAGAUAAAGGAGACGGAAAUUUAAAAUACAUUUUGACAGGAGAUGGGGCUGGUAAUCUGUUCGUUAUAGAUGAAAACACAGGAGAUAUUCACGCUGCAAAGAAAUUAGACAGAGAAGAAAAAUCCCUGUACAUUCUUCGUGCCAAGGCUAUAGACAGAAAGACUGGAAGGCAAGUGGAGCCGGAAUCUGAGUUUAUCAUUAAAAUCCAUGAUAUCAAUGACAACGAACCAAAAUUCACAAAAGAUUUGUACACAGCCAGUGUUCCCGAAAUGUCUGGAGUUGGCACCUCUGUUAUUCAAGUGACUGCCACUGAUGCGGAUGAUGCUAACUACGGGAACAGCGCCAAAGUGGUCUACAGCAUCCUGCAGGGGCAGCCGUACUUUUCAGUGGACCCAGAAUCAGGCAUCAUAAAAACUGCAUUGCCAGACAUGAGCAGAGAAAACAGAGAGCAGUACCAAGUGGUUAUCCAGGCCAAGGACAUGGGCGGCCAGAUGGGAGGCCUUUCUGGAACAACGACCGUGAACAUCACCCUCACAGAUGUCAACAACAACCCUCCUCGGUUUCCGCAAAGCACUUAUCAAUUUAAUUCUCUGGAGUCUGCACCUCUUGGAACCCAUCUUGGAAGGAUAAAAGCCAAUGACCCUGACACAGGAGAGAAUGCCGAGCUGGAAUAUAGCAUUUCAGAAGGAGAAGGCUCAGACAUGUUUGAUGUGAUCACUGACAAAGAUACACAGGAAGGGAUCAUAACUGUCAAACAGAAUUUAGAUUUUGAAAAGAAAAUGUUGUACACUUUAAGAGUGGACGCAAGUAAUACCCACCCUGAUCCUCGAUUCUUACACCUUGGACCUUUCAAAGACUCAGCCAUGGUUAAGAUAUCUGUGGAAGACGUGGAUGAGCCCCCUGUGUUCAGCAAGCUCUCAUACUUAAUGGAAGUGGAUGAAGAUGUCAAGGAGGGAAGCAUCAUUGGACAAGUCACAGCAUAUGACCCAGAUUCCAUGAACAACAUAAUAAAAUACUCUGUUGACCGGCACACUGAUAUGGACCGGAUUUUCAGUAUUCACUCAGAAAAUGGCUCUAUAUUCACCCUGAAGCCUCUGGACCGGGAAUCAUCCCCUUGGCAUAACAUCACCAUUACAGCCACAGAGAUAAAUAACCCAAAACAAAGCAGCCAAAUUCCUGUCUUCAUCAGAAUUCUUGAUAUAAAUGAUCACGCUCCGGAAUUUGCGAUGUACUAUGAAACAUUUGUUUGUGAAAAUGCAAAAUCUGGGCAGCUGAUUCAAACAAUAAGUGUCAUGGACAAAGAUGACCCUCCUCGAGGACACAAAUUCUUCUUCGAGCCAGUGCCAGAUUUUCCUCUUAACCCAAACUUCACCAUUGUAGACAAUAAAGAUAAUACAGCAGGAAUCAUAACACGGAAGGAUGGGUACAGCCGCACCAAAAUGAACAUGUACCUACUGCCGGUUUUGAUCUUUGACAAUGAUUAUCCUAUUCAGAGCAGCACUGGCACACUCACGAUCCGUGUGUGUGCAUGUGAUAACCAGGGGAACAUGCAGUCCUGCACGGCAGAGGCCCUGACACUUGCUGCUGGCCUGAGCACAGGAGCACUCAUCGCAAUCCUCCUUUGUGUGGUCAUCCUGUUGACUCUAAUUGUGCUGUUUGCUGCACUGAAGAGGCAACGGAAAAAGGAGCCUUUGAUCAUUUCAAAGGAUGAUGUCCGGGACAAUAUUGUGACCUAUAAUGAUGAAGGUGGAGGAGAGGAGGACACGCAGGCUUUUGACAUCGGAACAUUAAGGAACCCGGAAGCAAGAGAAGACAGUAAACUUAGAAGAGACGUCAUGCCUGAAACUAUUUUUCAGAUAAGGAGGACUGUACCCCUGUGGGAAAAUAUUGAUGUACAAGAUUUUAUCCACCGGAGAUUAAAAGAAAAUGACUCCGAUCCAAGUGCACCUCCUUACGACUCCCUGGCCACAUACGCCUAUGAAGGGAAUGAUUCUGUAGCCAAUUCUCUCAGCUCGUUAGAAUCUCUAACCACUGAUUGUAUCCAGGAUUAUGAUUACCUUAGCGACUGGGGACCUCGGUUCAAAAAACUUGCAGAUAUGUAUGGGGGCAAUGACAGUGACCGGGACUGAGUCCCGAAUGACUUGACCAACAUUAAUGAAAAUACUGUCUUUGGUACCAGAUUGAGUGGCCUGUAUUAUCCUUUUUUCGGAGAACAUUUUAAAAAAUCAACUCCAAACAAUGCAUAAGUGUUGUCUUAGUAAGGGUUUGCUUAAUCAGUAAGUUUCCGUGAAUGAAUAUGAAUGACAUAGAUUUUAAAACAGUAAUAACAACCUGUUCACCCUCUUUGCCUAAUAAGCUUGGAAAAAUAUAUCACAUCAAUAAUCAAUAAAAAUUC